CCCCCUGGGAUUGGCUGCUCUGGGGGACACAGGUAAUGGCCAGGGCAGGCUCCCUGGCUUCCCUGGCUGUAGCCUAGUCCAGAGAGCUGAACCCCAGGGCAGGGGAGAGCCCCAAGGGCCUCCUCAAGGCCGCCCCUCCCCAACUCCCACGCCCUUGUGGUUGGGGGCACGUGGAAGGGCCACCCCACGUGUCCCCGUCAGGCAUUUCAUGCCACCUCCACGCUGAAUCUUGGCAGGCGAGGGACUGGGCCAGGUCCACAUACCUGUGGGCUCCAGUUCAGAUGGGAAAGGGUGCCUCAGGUCGGCAGGGUGAGGGGGGCAGGGGCCUGUUCCCACACACACGGCUCCCACUGGUGUGCAAGUCUGGACUCACAAACAAGGAUGGGCGAGGCCGACAGGAAGAGGGGUGGGGCAAGGCUGUGGCGCUGCUGGAAAGUUCUGGCCUGGGGAGGUGGGGGAGUGUCCGAUUCUCCCUCCUGUGGCGGUUCCAGCGCCCGCCGGCCCUGCCCUUGUGCCUGUGCCAAGGAAUGUGCCGGGGAGAGGCGGCUGGAGAGACAGGCCGAGCGCGCACAGGUUGGCGUAAGGUGCAGGGCACCAUGCUCAGUCUCAAGCUGCCACAGCUCCUGCGAGUACACCAGCUGCCGCGGGUGUUCUGGGAGGAUGGCAUCAUGACCGGGUACCGGCACCCCACCAACUCAGCCCUGGACUGUGUCCUCAGCUCCUUCCAAAUGACUAAUGAGACAGUCAACAUCUGGACUCACUUCCUGCCCACGUGGUACUUCCUGUGGCGUCUCCUGGUGUUAGCAGGGGGCCUGGGUUUCCAGGCGGAGCCCUACCACUGGCCGCUGCUCAUCUUCCUGCUGCCCACCUGCCUCUACCCCUUGGUGUCCUGCUGCGCCCACACCUUCAGCUCCAUGUCGGCCCGCGCGCGCCACAUCUGCUACUUCCUGGACUACGGUGCCCUCAGCCUCUACAGCCUGGGCUGUGCCUUCGCUUACGCAGCCUACUCCAUGCCAGUCGCCUGGCUGCACAGCCGCCUACACCAGCUCUUCGUGCCCGCUGCUGUACUCAACGCCUUCCUCUGCACCAGCCUCUCCUGCUACUCCCGGUUCCUGGAGCUGGAGAGCCCCCGGCUCAGCAAGCUCCUGCGCUCGGCGGCCUUCGCCUGCCCCUUCCUGUUCGACAACCUCCCGCUCUUCUAUCGGCUCUGGCUGUGCUGGGGCAGGGCUGCCAGCUGCGGGCAGGAGGCGCUGAGCACCAGCCACAGCUACCACCUUCUCUGCGCGGGCCUCACCGGCUUCCUCUUCGCCUCCCACCUGCCCGAGCGCCUGGCGCCCGGGCGCUUCGACUACAUCGGCCACAGCCACCAGCUCCUCCACGUCAGCGCUGUGCUGGGCACCCACUUCCAGCUGGAGGCGGUGCUGGCUGACAUGGGUGGGCGCCGGGCCUGGCUGGCCGCACGGGACCCCCCUCUCGGCCCAGGGCCCACACUGGCCACGGUGGGCCUGGCAGUGACCGGGAACCUGCUCAUCCUCGCUGCCUUCACAGCUGCCCUGCUCCGGGCACCCAGGGCCUCCUCUCUGCUGCAGGAGGCCCCCCUGGAGGGGGGUGCGAAGGCCAAGCCACAGUAAGGCUGGAGAGAGGCAGAGGCCGGGCCUGGUUCUGGGGUGGAGCCUGCAGCCAAGGCUGGAGGCACAGCGAGAGGGAGGCGAGUGGGUCGUGGCUGGAGGCCAGGAUGGGGAGAUGGUCCGUCGUCCUGGGGCUCCAGGGGCCACUGAUCCAGGGAAGGACUAAGGUGACUAAGUCAGGCGCAGAGGCCUGCGGGCACCAUGUCUGUCCUGGGCACAGGUGUGCUCCUGGUGGUCGUGUGGGUUCAGGUGGGAGCUAGGGGGGACCGUCAGACCUUAAGAAAACCCCUUUCCCGAUGCAACAAAUAACAAAUAAAUAAUACUUUCUGGG